CUUGCCACGAACCAUUGCGAUCGGAGGUGUCUCCUAUCCUCGAGCCGGCGUACUACUACACGAAGAAGCCUCGCUAAUUCAACCUGCCUGCAGUAGAUUCUCAGUUCGGCGAAGGUCUGACAGUAUUUUUUUAAGCGUCAAAUUUAAGCUUUCAUUUGAGAGAAGAAAAUCGAAGGGAAACCAAGUUCAAAAGUUUCAUGUGUUACAACGUACAACGAGAUGAAGCUCACGCAAAAGUGUCUUGGGAAUAUCAGCAAGAUGUUGGACUUUUAUUCGCAAUUCAAUCCUUCGCCGCUUUCGAUAAAACAGUUCAUCGAUUUCGGCCUAAGUGCCUGUGAGAGGAAAUCCUUUAUAUUCUUAAGGAAGGAAUUGCCGGUCCGAUUGGCCAACAUUAUGAAAGAGAUCCAUCUAUUGCCGGAGAAUUUAUUGAAAAUGCCUAGCGUGGGUAUAGUUAAUAAUUUAUACGCCACUUCGUUCGAGGAUAUCAUGCAGUUCGAGAAGGUUGAAGUCAACGAUAGCACUCUAGACAAAUUCUGUCAGACAUUGGUGAAAAUUAGGAACAGGCAUAAGGACAUCGUCGAAACGAUGGCGCAGGGUGUUUUAGAAUUGAAAGAAUCCCACGAUGUCGAUGUCCAGACGGAAAACAAUAUUCAAUAUUUCUUGGACAGAUUUCUCAUGUCUCGAAUUUCCAUUCGUAUGUUGAUCAAUCAACAUACUCUUUUGUUCGGUAGCGAAUUAAACGGACACAGUAGACAUGUGGGAUCCAUAGAUCCAUCCUGUGAGAUAAGCAGCGUUGUGAAAGACGCGUAUGAGAAAGCGAGAUUACUGUGUGAUCAAUAUUAUAUGGCUAGUCCGGAAUUGAUAGUCCAGCAACAUAAUGAAUACGAUCGAUGUAGCCAAAUUAGAAUAGUUUACGUACCGAGCCAUUUGUUCCACAUGCUGUUCGAACUUUUCAAAAAUAGUAUGCGAGCGGUUAUGGAACACCAUAGUUCCAACGGGGAAUAUCCAGCCAUAGAAGUGAUCGUGUCGCGUGGAAAAGAAGAUAUAUGCGUUAAGAUGUCCGAUAAAGGUGGCGGUAUUCCUCGCUCCCAAAUGGACCAUUUGUUUAAAUACAUGUAUAGCACGGCACCUAGGCCAACCAAAACCGAUGCUCAUACAGUUCCACUUGCCGGAUACGGUUAUGGUCUUCCAGUAUCUCGAUUAUACGCCAGAUAUUUCCACGGUGAUCUCGUUCUCCAAAGUUGCGAUGGUUUCGGUACCGAUGCGAUCGUAUAUCUAAAGGCUUUGUCGAACGAAGCCAACGAGUUAUUGCCAAUUUUCAACAAGACUUCCUCCAAAUUUUAUCGAACUCAAGUAUCGACCACCGAUUGGAGCAGUCAUUGUGGUGGUGGAAUGGCUACGAGGCAGUUACGUAUGAGUCAUGUUCAAGGGCACAAACUUCCACGUGGAAUGGAAGUUAGGCAUUGUUAACGAAAUUUCAUCUCUAUGGACCAAGGAAGUAAGUAUCUACUUACCUAGAUGUUCGACAUAUGUCAGAAUGGAAGAGAUUCUUCGCCGCAGUAUUUACCAUACAGAAUUUAAAAAAAGCUCGUAGACGAGCAGCGCAAAUUUAUUUUUAAAAUGUUAUCGUAUUCUAUGUGUAACUUGAUUCAAAAUUAUUGAAAGCACUGUUUCGAUUUGUAACUGAAUAUUUAUUGAUGUGAUUUUUGAUCGAUGUAUUGAUAGAUGUAUCUUGCAUUUGAAUCGCUCUUAGUGUUUCAGUGUUUCCUUUUUAAUGAGAUGUUUCGCUUACGAGCACCGAUACGAUCGGCGGAACAUUGAGAUUCGACAGAAUUGUUAAUCAAGACAACUGCUUCCGCUAUAGGUGGAAAAAGCCUUGCGACUUUCGUGUCACGAUAUCUAAAGAAGUAGCAAGGAUCCACAAUUGAGAUCCUUCGUAAUCGAGUAUAUAUUUUUCACGAUAAAUCGUAGAUGACCGUGAUGGUUACAGCGACGUUAUUGCCUCGUCAAAAAUGUCUUACUGUUCGUUGUGCCCGCGGUUAUACGAUGCUCACAUAUCAUGAUUCUUGAAAUUUAAAUAUUUCCGCAUUUUAAAUAUUUCCGAUAUAUUUUUUUUAUUAAUUUUAUAAAUUUAAGUUUUUAAGAUAUUUUUAAAAAUCGUAGAAUUAAUCUGAACGUUCCAUCAACAUUAUUUCUUUAUAUAUACAUAUAUAUAUAUAUAUAUAUACACAUAUGCCGUGCUUUUAAUAAAUCAGCAUUUUAAUUCUCUUUCUUCGAACAUUUUUUUGUUCAAACAUAAAACUGUUCAAACGUAUGCUGACUUAACUUUGUGAUCGAUCGAUACAAAAGCGAGAAGGAAUUUUCCACUCGUUAGAGGAAUUUUUAUAAAAAAGUAUGCCACAAAUGUAAAACUGUGAUUUGAUACGUGAUUUUAGUUAAAUAUAGCUAGACAAACUUUGAACUUGUUAAUCUACGACGUCAUUCGCGUUUAUGAAUUUUAACUACGUUAUAUGUAAAAAAAAAAGAAAAAAAAAAGAAAAAAAAAAAAAGAAAAAAAAUUAAAAAAAAAAGAUCGAUAAUUUAAUAAUCGCUUAGAAAUGUGAGUUAAACAAAAUGACAUGCGAGUCGGAAGGACUGGCUGAAAGAAAGAAUAAUAAUAUUAACGUUCACUUUAUCCUGGGAAAGUAUUUUGUAUACCGUAUACAAUCAACUUCUUAAGAAGCAUUUCAGGUGUGUUUUAAAUGAAUUUUUAUAAGACUAAAACAUAGAAACAAAGAUUUAUACGCAAUAAAUUCAUUUCCGCGAGUUUCGAGUCUCGUUUAUAUUCUAAGGUAUUUCCUUCGAUUCAUUAUAAUGAACGUGUGAAAUUCAGCCAGAAAGAAAAUCGAAUUCAAGAUGAUGCAAUAUCGUCGCGUUCAUGUUACCUCUUAUUUGUUAACACUGUAUUUUCUAAUGUGAAAUGAACCUCGCUCCUGUAUAUUUUAUUCGAAAUUGUAUAAGGAGGUUUUCUAAUAUAUUUUUAACUAGUAGAGUACGAUGACAUUUAAUUUUCAUAAAGAAACAGGCACAACCAGCGUACCUUAGAAUACUAAACAAUUUUUAAGUCUUUACUCCCUCCCUUAGGAUUUAUCGUAUAAAGAGACUGCAUAAUUUGCGUAUCCUGCACGUUUUCUACGAUUUACUAUCAUUUUUGUUUCUUUAAAAGAGAAUGAGAAAAGAGAGGACGAAUUUAGAAAGUGUUUGUGAACUGUUCCCUAAAUCUAUGCAUUUUAUCAUUUUAAAGGAACAGUAUCACUUUUUGUGGCGAAUGUUUUCUGUUGUGGAUUAUUCGAACCGACGGAUGAUCCCAUGGUACAUGCGUAUAUUUUGAAUGUAUGUUUUGUUCUCCCAUGUAUAUAAAUUUUUAAUUUCUAGAGCACUCGGAAUAUUUGUCUAGACGACAGUUUUUAGCUAUAAUUAUAAAUAUGUAGGGAUAAUUCGCGCACGUAACGCGAGUGAAACACUUGUAAAACAUUGUUAAUAAACAUAUUACAAGAUAAAAAAUCAAUGUGUAAUAUUUUUUUUUUCUUUUUUCCUUUUAUAAUUCAUUCUUUGAACACUAAAUGGCCACGUGUACACGGAAGAGUUGUUUGAAGUUGUUUGAAGUUGUUUGAAAGAAAUUCAAUUCGGUUCGAUGUGGGCACAGAACAAGGCUUCGAUGGAAUUUACUAAUCUAACAAGUAAGAAUUAGAACAGAUGUAAUGCAUUGCUGUAGUUUUAUUACGUUUGGCCAUGCGUACCAUAAGUAUGAGUUCGCUUUUCGACAAAUGUUCCUCUCUUACCGCACGCUUCGUUCGCUAAAAAUAAUAAAAAGUACUUAGCAAUAACAAUUAUUUUCAUUUAUAAAAUAACGCUACCCUAUGCAUAUCUGGUGUCCAUCAAUUAAUGGAUUUAACAGAACGUUCUACAAUUAGAAUUGGCGAGUAAAACUUACAAUUAUCAUUGAUCGGACGGUGCUCGUUUUUUUUUUUCUUCCAGCUCUCUGGAACCGAACAAUCGAUGAUAAUUUACAAAUCAAAUUAUAGCAAGUUGCACUUGAACUUUUUUUUUAAAACGGUAGCAGAAUAAACGAUAAAAACAAAUAAUAAUUCGACAUGAAAGAAAAACGCUUUAAAAUGUAAUUAAAUAGAAAAGAAAUUAAAACAUGUUCAAACAAAAAAAAGAAAUGAAUAAAAUUAACAAAAUUGAUUUUGAUUAAAAACAAUCACAUUGUUUAUCGAUUUAAAAUUGGUUAAAAUAAUAAUAAUCGAAGCUAUUGGAACCGAUUCGAAACGUUUCUGUCGUUGAGCGCUUUCAAAAUCUUUUCUCACUUUUUAUUUUUUUAUUUUUAUUUAUUUAUUUUUUUUUUUUUCUCAAAUUUGGCACCGUCAAUUUUAACUCGUUCCCCUUUUCCAGCAACAAGAGAAUACAUUCAAUUUCAAAUUAAUUGCAGACCAGUUAUUCUGAUAAAAGUUUAUCACAAUAAUAAAGUUUUUUUUUAAUGCGCGUCCUAUAAGUUCGUGUACAAGUUGUUCCUCGAUUGUAAAUUCCAAAAAUACAAUCUUGUAUCCUGCUCAUAUCUGCUCGAAUUUCCAAAAAAAACGUGCUAAUGAAUUGCACGUAUCAUUUCGUUCGAUUACUGUCGUAUGAAAAUUAAUUACACGCAUCGUGGAGAUUUUCUUUUAAAACUAUCAAGCGACUUUUCAGUGAUCUGGGAAAAUAUUAGCUAUUAGAAUUCACAGAAUAUACAUUUCAUUUUUCUACGAAUCAUUCCACGAGCGAGAUCCAGUCGAAAAAAAAAAAUGAAUUCGUGAUAGAUUGGAAAAAUAUGUUA